AUGAAUCAUAAAAUGGAAAUUGUUAUACGUAAUUAUAAAUUACAAAUGGAACGAUUAGAUAAAGAAUUCGAAGUGGAAAUGAAACGUAUUCGAUCAGAAACUUCUAAAGAAGAGCGUACAUUUAAAGAUCGUUUAAAAAGUGAAAUUGAUACAUAUGAUCGUGCUAUGCGUAAAGCUGCUAAACGUGAUCUUAAUAAAUAUGAUCAUAUUCAAUCAUCUAAUUAUGAUAUUAAAUCCAAUUCAUCAUUAACUUCAUUAAAACACUGUUGA